AUGGAUCCUGGGUGGCAGCCUUACCAAGAUCCUUUGAUGGGCCACCCUGCGCAGUUCAAUACUGCGUUGGCAUCUCAUCCCCAGCAACUUGCCUCGAAAUACGGUCAGCCACCACAGUCACAGCCGCCCGUUGGAUACACGUACGAAACUUUCCAGACCCCCGGCACGACAUCCAAAGCCCCUUCGGCCGGCUCAAAUUCCAAAACGGUCUCCAUGGCUUCCUCCCCACCGCCACGCCACAGGAAUCAUCGGCUGCCCGCAGAUACUCUCCGGGGAAUGUCCUUUCGCCGCCAAUGUCAUAUCCCACUAGUCCUGGCAAGUCCCAAGGCUCCUAUGGAUUUCCGUCUGCACCCCAGGGUGCUUCCCGCCGGUCCCCUGCGAGACCAGACUAUGCAUCACCACCACAAGGAUAUCAAUCGCCGCCAUCCACCCGGCCCCCCUAGACUCCCUCCCCUUCAAUCCGGCGACCUCAGCCCAAACCAGUACUACCCGCCAUCCGCAUCUUCGCACAUGAGUCCGGGAUUUGGUCCAGGGUCGCGAUCUCCGCGAUCUGGCUCGCUACCAUCUCAGGCCCCUCCAGUGCCCGGUCGCGGUCCAGUUCCCAAGUUCCAAAAGAUCCAGUCUGUGCAAGAACUGAAGCCGCGCAUGAAUGUACAGCCCGCAUAUCGGCGCGCUAAUCCAGAGGGCGGAUUCAUCAGCCCGCUUCAAUCGCUGACAACCCACCUCCCGGCCACCUACCGCAUAUGCAACCCUGGCUUCAACUACGAGUCCUCCAGAAACCCGCGACGAGUAUUGACCAAACCCAGCAAAGGAGUCAAGAAUGAUGGGUAUGACAAUGAGGACAGCGAUUAUAUCCUUUACGUCAACGAUAUCCUUGGAAGCGAGGAAGCCGGUCACAAAAAUCGGUACCUCAUUCUCGAUGUUCUAGGUCAAGGUACCUUCGGCCAAGUCGUGAAAUGCCAGAACUUGAAAACGGGUGAAGUAGUGGCUGUCAAAGUCAUCAAGAACAAGACCGCCUACUUCAACCAGAGUAUGAUGGAAGUUUCUGUGUUGGACCUGCUCAACAGCAAGUAUGACAAGAAUGACGACCAUCACCUGCUUCGUCUCAAGGACACAUUCAUCCACCGUCAGCAUUUGUGUCUCGCAUUCGAAUUGCUCAGCGUUAAUCUUUAUGAGCUGAUCAAACAAAACCAAUUCCGCGGAUUGAGCACUACCUUGUCCGGCCUCGAGAGCCCGAUAAUCAAGGUCAUUGACUUCGGUUCUGCUUGCGAUGAACGCCAGACUGUCUACACCUACAUUCAAUCACGAUUUUACCGAUCCCCAGAAGUGCUAUUAGGCCUGCCUUACUCAUCUGCCAUUGACAUGUGGUCUCUUGGGUGUAUCGUGGUAGAACUCUUCCUGGGUCUACCUCUGUUCCCUGGCUCUUCGGAGUACAAUCAAAUCUGUCGGAUCGUUGAGAUGCUGGGUAUCCCACCGACAUGGAUGUUGGAGAUGGGCAAGCAGUCGGGAGAGUUCUUCGAAAAGACACAGGACGAGUUCGGAAGAAAGACGUACCGCCUCAAGAGCCUGGAGCAGUAUUCCCGAGAACACAACACGAAGGAACAACCGAGCAAGAAGUAUUUCUCAGCCUCAACACUAGAGGAGAUCAUCCGGAGUUACCCAAUGCCUCGGAAGAAUAUGAAGCAAGCAGAGAUUGAUCGAGAACUGAACAAUCGCAUCGCUUUCAUCGACUUCGUGCGGGGACUCCUGUCGAUCAAUCCUCUCGAGCGAUGGUCACCCCAACAAGCCAAGCUGCACCCGUUCAUCACCCAGCAGAAGUUCACGGGGCCGUUCAUGCCACCAAUGAACCUCAAGUAUUCGACGGCCAAUAAGCCGGCUCCGGGGGUUCAACAACAACAGCAAGCCGAGGCCGCUAGCAAACAAAGAGCAGCUCAGGCGGCGCAUGCGCAAAAUGCCUAUGCCGUACAGAUGAACCAAUUCCAUACUCCACCUCAGCCCCAGCCUCAAGCCCCGCCCAUGUACAAUGGCAUGUACCAGCAAGGUGCGCCGCCUCCUCCGUACCCUACCCAACAGCCGCCUGGCUAUGGUCAUCAAAUGGGAAUGAUGCCAGGCAACCAGGUGCCGGCUCAAAGUCUCUAUGCACAGGCGACCACACGAGCAGGCCGUCAACGAGCAUCCACCAUGGACCCUAACGGAGGAAUUCCGACUACCAUCCAACGAGUUGCUAGCCACCUGGAUCCCAACGCACCGAUUCGAUUGCAGCCAAGCCCUGCGUAUUAUCCACCUCCCCUGACGGACGGUGUGCUCAGCGAAGGAUAUAUGGGCCAGAAUCAAUGGCACUAG